AUGUAUAAAAUGAACGAUUUAGAUAUCGAUGAAUAUAACAGGAAUAUAAUUCAAGAACUUAAUGAAGCGGCAGAUGAAGGUGAAUAUUCGUUGUCUAUGUUUUUACAUGACCUAAUAGAAAUAGACAUGGAAUCUAAUUUUAGUUAUAAAUAUAUAAUUAUAGAAAGAUUAGUUGAAAUAUGUAUAAAUUCUAUAAAUAAGAAAAUGUUUUAUUUAGCUGAUGAGUGCAUGUAUUUUAUUCGUUAUUCUAUAGAUAAAUGUGUAAAUUUAAAAGAUGAGAUAAUAAAGAAUACUUCUUUUUUUAAGAAUAUAAAUAUUAUAAUAGACACGUGUUCAAACGAAAUAAAACAUUAUAAUAAUAAUAAUAAUAAUAAUGAUAAUAAUAAUGAUAGUUUAUAUAUUUUUGAAAAAACGUUUUUUUUUUUUAUUCUUGAUUUAAAUAAUAAUGUAAAUGGUUUUAUGGAUUCAUGGAAUAUAUAUAAAAAUGAAUUGAUACAUUUUUAUACUACACUAAUACAUAUAAUAUCAUUAACUACAUCUGAAUUUUAUGAUAUAUUAAAUAAUAUAAAAGAAGAAGAUGAUAAUGUUGAAAUAUAUUAUAUACACAUAGGAUGUAAGUUAAUGAAGAUAAUCGAAAUAUGUUUAGAUGUAUCAAUUCUUAUAUUUAAUAAUAUAGACAAGAUAGAAAAUAUAGAUAUAUUACAAACUGAUAUAAAUGUUUUGAUUAAAAAAUUUGAUGAUAUUCCAGAUAUAGAAAUAAAAAAAAAAAUUAUAUCAAUGAUGAAAGUUUUAAAUAAAAAAAUAAUAAAUGAGAAAGAAUUGAAUGAAGAAAUUAAUAAAUUUAAUAUUAAAUAUAAUUUGUUAUCUAAUAUAUCAAAUAAGCAAAAAUAUAAAAAUAAGAAAAACACCAAAAAAAAUAAAAAAAAAAAUAUGAAAAGUAAUGUGAAUAUUAAUAUAAAUAAUGAUAUGAUAAAUAAUAUAAAUAAUAUAAAUAAUAUAAAUAAUGAUUAUUAUGAUUUUCUAAAUAUAACUAAAAAUAAAAACAAUAUAAAUAUAAAUUAUUUAAAAACUAAUUCAUAUAUAUAUAUAAACAAUUGUUAUCUUUUUCUUAAUACAUAUGAACAAAAUAUAAACGAUAUAACAAUGAAUACAUCACCAAAUGGAUGUAAUAAAAUAAAGUUAUCAUCAUGGGGGUAUAAAGGAUCAUUGUUAAUAAAUUUUUUUUAUUCUUAUUUUUAUAACAUUAAACAUAAAUUAUUAGUAGUUAUAUCAUAUGAUAAUAUGAAAAUAAAAGUGGAUCCGAAUUACAAAUCUGUAUUCUUUUAUUUUAAAAAGGGAGAAAUAUCAGGUGUUCUGUCUAACAAACUAAAGAAUACGUUUAAAGAUAAAUUUUUAGACAAUCUAGAAAUAGGAAUCAAACUAAACUCAAAAGAGAUAUGUAAGAAUGUGCAUGAACUUAUGAUGACUCGUAUUGACAUAGAAAAAUUGAGUGAUAAUGAAAGACAGAAAAAGAAGGAACUACAUGUUGAUAAAGAAUAUAAUUUUAAAGAAGAUACUUUUAAUAUUAUCGAACAGGUUCAUAAUAUGGAUAAUGAUAAAAAUGAAAAAAAUAAAAAAAAUGAUACAUAUGAAGAAUAUGAACCAAAUAAUAUUAAUGAUAAUAAUGUAGAGGUAGUUCAAAAUAAUCAUAUACAUUUUAAUAAGAUAGAAAGUAAUGAUAUGUCCUUUAUUAAUAAUGAUAAUUUAAAAAAUGAAGAAAAGUUAGAACGAAGAAAAGUUAGCUUUGCAACUACAAAAGAAUUGUGCUUAUUAAAUGAUGAUGUUUCUGUUGAAACCAAAACUAUGUUAUUAGAAGAAUCAAUAUUAAAACAUGUCCAUUCAAAUUAUAAUAAUAAAUGGAUAAAUAAUAAUAUUAUAUAUAAUCAAAAUCAAUAUCAAAAUGUUUAUUAUGAUAAUAAUAAUAAUAAUAAUAAUAAUAAUAAAUGUAAACAAAACCAUGAUAACAAUACAAAUUGUUUAAGUGAAAAUUCGACAAGUAAGCGAAAUAAUGAUUCUUUAUUUAUUCAUGACAAUCAUAAGAAGGAAAAAAUAGAACCUCUCAAAAUUAGUUAUGCCACUACAAGAGAUUUAUUUGGUAAGGAAGAAUAUUCAAAAGGAAACAAUGAAGUAGAUGAUAAUAACACGAUGAAUAUAAAAAGAGUGAAUCACCACCAUAAUAAUAAUAACAUCAAAGAAGGAACCUUAAAUCAUAAGAACCUUUUCUUUAAUCAUGUAAUUCCUAAGGAUGAACAUAUAAAUAAGGAUCAAAACAGAAAUGAAGACUAUUACACAUAUUCAGAUAAAACAGAAAAAAAACAAAACGAGGAGACACAUACAUUGAACCAUUAUAGUUAUGAUAAAGAAAAUAUUAAAAUAAUAAAUAAUGAAGAUAAUACAAAUAAAGAAGAUAUACAUACAAAUAUAUAUAAAAAAAAUAAUAAAAUAUAUAUAUCAAAUGAAUAUAUUACAAAUAAUAAUAAUGAAGAAGAAAAAAAUAAAUACAAUCAAAAUAUAUCAAACGAUUUACAAAAUGAAGAUAAUAAGAAAUAUAACUAUUCCAUAAAAAAUGAUAAAAAUUUUUUAAAUAGUAAAAAUUAUAAAGAAACAAAAAAAAUACAAAAUAAAAAUAAUGUGAUAAACAGACAUGAUUUAGAAUUAAAUUCUGAAUUAAAAAGGUCAUACAUUUUAAAUAAUUCACAAAAUAAAUAUAAUAUUAAUAAAGAUUAUAUUAUAAAAUCCCCAGUUGAUAUUGUUAGGAAGUUAUUGAACUUUGAUGAAAAGCAAAAAAAUAUUGAGGAAUGUUUAGAGACAAUAAAUAAUUAUAACAUAAAUGAUAAAAACAAAAAAGAAAAUAAUAUAAAUGAAGAUCAAAUUGAUUAUAUUAAACAUGAUGAUUCGAAUACUAUACUUAAUUAUAAUGACAAUAGUCAUGAUAAUUUAAAUAAUUUGCGCAUGACAAGUAGUGAAGAAAAUAUCAUAACAAAAAAUAUGACCCAAAAAUACUCGAACCUUUUUAAGAAUAUUAAUGAUAAAAUAAAUUGCAAUUAUAAGGAUGACAACUGUUUAAUAAAUAAGAGAAAUGAAAAGAAGGAGAAAAAACAAAUUAAAAAAAAUAAAAAUAAUUAUAAUAAAGAAAAUAACGAUGAAAAAGACAAAGACAAUGACAAUGACAAAAACAAUGACAAAGACAAUAAUAAUGACAAAGACAAUGAUAAUGAUAAUGACAAUGAUCAUAUAAAUCAUGACAAAAGUGAAGAUAAAUUUAUAAUAACAAAUAAUAUAAAAAAUGAAGAAAUAAAUGAAAACGUAAAAGAUGAAGUAGUAAAUGUUGUUAAUAUUAUAUCAAUUAAUAAUAAAGAGACAAUACAAGAACAAGAUAUUACAGAAAAAAAAAAAAAAUUUAAAAACAUUAAUUUAAAUAAUAGGUCAAAUGAAUAUUCAAAAAUUAUAAAUAUAUCAGGUUAUGAUGAACCUAGUAAUGAAUUAAUUUACAAUUUUGAAAAUAAUAUUGUAUCACCAUGUAAUAUUGAUAAAAGCUGCAUAAGUAGUAGGAGCAAAAAAAGAAUAUCUACAUCAAUGAUGAAUAAUAUCACACCAAAUGAUGAUAAUAAUAAUAAUAAUAAUAAUAAUAAUAAUAAUACAUAUUUUAAACAAACUAAUGAUUCUUAUUCAAAAAAUGUUAUGGAUUCACCUUAUCCAAUUAAAAAAGUGAAAUACAAUUAUUAUUAUGAUUCUAAACUAUUUGAACUAUUAAAAAAAGAAGAUAACUUAGAAAAAUUGUCAGCCAAAUAUUUAAUUCGAGCUUACACAUUAAUUCAAUAUAAUAAAAGAUAUGUACAUAUUCAAAUCAUUGACUAUUUUAGAUAUAUAAAAAAAGAAAUUCUAUUAUCAUAUGAUAACAUUAAUAUAAAAUAUAAUAAAUUAUUAAAUAAUAUACAAUCAAAACAUGAUAACAAAUUACAAAGUAUCUUAAUAAAAUAUUAUAAGCAUUUAAAAGAACAUACAAAUCAAAAAAAAAUUCUAAAUCUUAAUAAAAAUAUUCCAAAAUCUAUUAAUAUAAAUAAAAUUAAAAUUAAAAUUAAAUCCUUAUAUGAUACACUUAACAUAGUUCAAAGAACUAUGAAAGAUAAAAUAUUAAAUUCAACAAUUCUACUUAAUUAUAAACAAAGUGAUAUUUAUACACCAACCUUUUCUUUAGGAACUAUAAUAUCAAAAUAUUCCAUAUAA